AACUAAACAACAUACAAAGAACAUUUAAUUUAAAAUAACAUAUAACAUUUAGAAACACGAGAUGGAGAAGAUAGUGAUUUGUAUUAUAGGAUCGGGCAACUGGGCAACGACCAUAGCUCGCAAUGUGGGCAGGAAUGUGAUAAAUUCGCAAACCCUUGAUGAAAAGGUGCCCAUGUAUGUGUACGAGGAGAUAGUUGAUGGUCGUAAGCUCACCGAAAUCAUCAACACCACCCACAUAAAUGUCAAGUAUAUGCCGAACUUUGAACUGCCACCAAACAUUGUGGCCGUGGAUGAUAUUGUGGCAACGGCAAGGGAUGCCGAUAUAAUAAUAUUUGCCAUUCCGCCUACUUUUGUGAGCAGCUGCUGCAAGACACUCUUGGGCAAAGUUAAGCCCACGGCCCAUGCCGUUUCGCUGAUCAAGGGAUUUGAGCGCGGCGACGAUGGGCAGUUCGUCCUGAUUUCCCAAAUAAUUAUGCGACAGCUAAAGAUUCCAUGUUCAGUCCUAGUGGGCUGUAAUUUGGCCCACGAAAUAGCUCAUGAUCACUUUGCCGAGGGAACAGUUGGCUGUCGAGAUCAGAAGUAUUAUCGAGUGCUGCACGACAUCUUCAAGUCGCCCACAUUUCGAGUGGUUGUCACCGAGGAUGCAGACUGUGUGGAGAUUUGUUCCACGUUGAGGAACAUAAUUGCCUUUGCGGCUGGCUGUUCAGAUGGAAUGGAGCUGAAUGAAAACACCAAGGGAGGAAUCAUUCGGAGGGGUUUUCUGGAAAUGCUCCAAUUUGUGGAUGUUUUUUACCCGGGUUGCCGCAUGGGAACUUUCUUUGAGUCCUGCGGUAUAUCCGAUUUGGUCACCAGUUGCUAUGCCAAUCGAAAUCGCAAGUUGGCUGAGGCCUUUGUGAAGACAGGUAAGCCACUGAGUGAACUGGAGCACAUCCUUAUACCAGGACAUGAGCCUCUGGGUCCCGUGACAGCUGAACUAGUGCAUCACAUGCUGAAGAAGAAGGGUUUGGAGGAUAAAUUUCCCCUUUUCACAUGUGUGUACAGGAUCUGCACUGGGGACUAUCCGCUGCACCGCCUGGGGGAAACUCUGAUUAAAGCACGCGAAGACAUCUUCCACCCGAUGCAUACAUUCCAGCUCUGAGGCGCUGCUUUCAAUGUUUAUUAAGAUUUAAAUAAAACAAAUUCGCAUCCCAAA